AUGGAAGUGUAUAAAAUAGAUAUUGCGGUUUUACAAGAGGUAAAUGCUAAUGCUCAAAAAAUAAGUACGAAAAACUACGAAUGGAACAUAGCUGUUGAGAGUCAAAAUAAAUCAAGAGGUUUGGCUGUGUUGAUAAAAAAAAAUAGUGACAUAAGGUUGAAGGGGCUUCAACAAUACGGGAAAGCAAUUUUAUCUGCAAAAAUACAAACAACUGAAAAUCAAGAGCUGAUUAUAAUUAAUGUGCAUGGGCCAAACAAAGGAGCAGGUAGUUUUUUCAAUAGGCUAGGACAGUUAAUAGACAAGGAUUUUAUACGGGAAAAUGCGAUUAUACUGGGAGAUUGGAACGCACAAAUAGGCAUAGGAUCAUUAACAGCAGAAGAUAGCACAGUUAUAGGAAAGGAACUAGGUUUCGAGAAAGAUAAUGAAAAUGGAGAGGAGUUCAAAAUGUUUUUACACAUUCACAAAAUGAACAACAUCUCUUCAAGGAUUGGAGUGAACACGAAGGUAACGUGGUGGAGAGGGCAAAAUAAAAGCCAAAUAGAUCACGUGGUUAAGGCAACACAAGGGGCAGUCUGCUUCAGAUUUAUUAAAGGAUUCAAAACUAAGCUGAAUACAGAUCACAAACUAAUUGUAACAGAGAUCGUCGUAAAUAAGCCGAAAGAAAUGAUUAGAGCAAAGAAGGGAACGAAAAGAAUGAAUGAAUCUCAAUUGGAGAACGAAGGUAUCAGAAGAAGAUAUCAUAAGGCAUUAGAACAGCACACAAUUCAAAGUAUUCCGUCAGAUAGUAGCAUAGAUCAAGCUUAUAAUUUGGUGUCUAGGAAAAUGAAAGAAGCAGCAAACGAAGCUUUAAGAAACGCUUACACACCACUCACGCCGAAACGAAGAUUGGCGCUAAAUAGACUAAAAUAUGCGUUGAAACUUGCGAAUAAAUUUCCAGAUAUGAAGGUACAUCAAUGGAAACUAAAAGAUAGGAAACAAGAAUAUCAAAGAGCCGUUAAGGAACACAAGGAAGCAUCUAUAAAGGAAUUUUAUCGAACACUGAACGAUUUUAACGUGAAUGUAAGAAUUCAGAAAUCAUAUAAAUUUCUGAAACAAUUUAUGCGAGAUAAAAAGAAUAGGAAAGUAUACAUACCUAUGAGAGAGUGGAAUGAGGCUUUAAAAGAAUCAACAGGACCGGAAAUUAUGAUUCAUAAAGAUCAUGACACAUGCCCUUUGUCUGAACCACCGAAUAAAGAAUGUAUGAAUAUCAUUUUGCAGAAAUCUUGUAAUGGUAAAUCGGCAGGAGCAGAUGGUUUACGAAUGGAACAUAUCAAAUAUGCGAAUGAGCAGACAAGGGAAGAAAUGAUCAAGAUCUGGGAGAAUAUGUGGUCAGGAAUGAAAUGCCAAGAGAGAUGUCAAGAUCGGUUCAAGUCCCGAUCCCGAAGAAUUGCAAACCCAAAAGCGUGGACGAUUUUCGGAGGAUCAGUUUAUGUAAUGUUGGAUACAAACCGUAUGCAAAAUGGAUAA